GCAGGGCACAGAAACGAGCCAUUGUCCCCAUGCUGCCUGCCUGGCGCCAGCCGCCACUGUGACCACGUUGCAGCCAGCAGCACUCGUGCCAUGGCCGGGCUGGUAGGGACAGCAGCAGCCCUGGUCCUCCUCUGCCUGGCCGUGGGGCUGGAGGCCAGCCCGGAGCUCUCUGGGUACCUGCGCAAGGUACUGAGGAACCACACCACGCACACAUGUGAUGGGGAGCAGCUCCUCAUCGUCUGCCCUCACAGGACCACCAUCAGCAUCCUCGGAGCCUUCUACGGGCGUCGCGUGCCCAGCCCCAACCUCUGCCCCAGCCCUGGCAAUGACUCCCAGGAGAGCACUGAAUGCAUGUCCACCACAGCCCACCUGAAGCUGCUGGCUGAGUGUCAGGACCAGCAGUGGUGCCAGUUCUCAGUGCACAGCCAAGUCUUUGGGCCAGACCCGUGCCCGGACACACACAAGUACCUCAUUGUUUCCUACAAAUGCCGGCCAGGGAACCAUCGGGUCAAAACUGUGUGUGAAAAUGACAAGCUGAGGCUGCAGUGCCGACCAAAAUCCGUGCUGGCCAUUUAUUCUGCCAUUUAUGGACGAUUCCUGCGGGGGAAACCAGAGUGUGAUGCCCUGAACACUGUGGGGCCCCAUAUAGGUACGCCAGAAUGGGUCAAGCCAGAGAAACAGGGACAGAAGCUGGGCAGAGAGCAUGGCACAAAGUGCUUGGCUCCGGACGCCCUGCGGAGGGUCUCCAGGAAGUGCCACCGCAGGGGGAACUGCACAGUGGCUGCUGACCAGGCCACUUUCGGGGAUCCAUGCCUCCCUGGCACAAAGAAACAGCUACGAGUGUCCUACACCUGCGUGCCCAAGCAGCUGCUGGAGGAGGUGGGCCCUGACACCUCGGACCCCUUCCUGCUCUCGGACUACAUGCACGGUGGCUGGUACAAAGGGCCCAGGUUCUCCAAGCUCCGGGAAGACCGGAUGAUUUUUACUAGCACUCUGGCAGCUUUUGCCCACCUCUGGGGCGUCCCAGAGAAAGUUGGUCUUUACUUUCUUUGUGGGGUCUCCGGAGGCCUCAUGCUCCUGCUGUGCAUUGUCAGCCCCAAAACCACCUUCCUCCAGGAGGUGGGGGAGGCUCUCAGAGACCCAGAGCUGGGAAGCAGCUCAGAGCUGGGCAGGACCAAGCUUCAGGAUGAGCAGGAUGAAGACCUUCCUGAUGACAGCUCUUCGGACUCCUCCUUCCGCCGCCUCACCCGCACCUACCGUGCCACCGACAGCAUCUUCAGCCCUGAGCUGACGGCAGCCAUGGAAGGAGCGGUGGAACACCAGGGCUGUGGCGGAGAGGAGAUCUGGAUGCCAAAGGAGUCAAGCCCAUAUGCCAUCCACAAGAUCAAAUCGGCCACCAAAUGAGAACUGGAAGAAAAUGAAGGGAGAGCAAUGUGGGGGUGGAGGCUGAGUGGGAUCAAACAUGGGAGAGAUGGAGUUUGUGCUCCUCAGGGUGAGUGGCAGCAGGCCCACAGCGGCCCCGGUGUGGCCAUCAAUUCACUGCUCCACCAGCCUGGAAAACUCUAACCCAGGGGUGGUAAGAGGUAGUCCCUGGGUGUGCUGAGGGGCUGCAGGGUGGCCCCAGGGACCGCCGGCUGCUUUGCUGCAAACACGGCACUAACCCUAAGAUAACCUCCCUGUUCCUGGCUCAUGCUGGCUGGCUUUAGUACUUACCCAUGCUCAGCCAAGGCUGCCCUGAGCCUUCCCAGGCUGUUUACUCCUGUUUCUUCUUGGAUGUUGCUUCUUCCACCCCUGAUGCUGCCAACACCCCACAGUGUUUGGGCUGCAUGCUGACAGCAGGGAUGCAGGGAGGGCGCAGGCAGAGCUGGUGGGAAAGCAUCACCUAGCACAGCCCUCCCAUGCCACGGGCCUUGCGGCCCCACUUCCCCCAGGAAGCUCAGCACAGGGC